AUGGCCUGUGCCCAGGGCUCUGGAAGCAGCGCCAUGCCCGGCUGCCCCUUGGAGGACGGAGAUGGGGCCGUGCUGCCCCACCGCUCUGCGCAAUGCUCAUUUGCGAAGCCCGAAAGUGGCCGUCAGAGCCUGGCGGGUGGGCGGGUGGUGCCCGGGCCACUGGGCUUCACAGCCGGCAUCUCAGGGUCUCCGCUUUCUCCAGCCCCCUCUUUGAUAGAGAAACCACUGCAGUAUUCAGAGAAGUUCAAGGGCCCCGGCCACCGUGAGUGUCUCCUGUUCUCUGUGGCUCACACUGCCUCUGUCACCCAGGUCACACCAGCCAAGAAGGUGACCUUCCUCAAGUGAGGGGACCCCCGGUUUGCUGGGGUGCGCCUGGCUGUCCACCAGCGGGCCUUCAAGACCUUCAGCGCCCUGAUGGGUGAGCUCUCCCAGCGCAUGCCUCUGUCCUUCCGGGUGCGCUCCAUCACCACGCCUAGGGGCCUGCACGGCCUCAGUGCACUGGAACAGCUGCAGGAUGGUGGCUGCUACCUCUGCUCUGAUAAGAAGCCCUCCAACAGCCCCAGGGGGCCAGGCCGGCCCCAGGCCAGAAGCCCCUCUGCUGUGCAGUCUGGGGGUAUGGAAGGCGGGCAGGAGUCGCCCAGCACGUCCUCUUCCAGGAGGGGUCCCGCAGCCCUGAGGAGGAUAACACUGGUUAAGAAUGGGGACUCCAGAUGCCACCAGACACUGCUUCUCAGCCACAGAGACACCAGGAGCCUGACGGCCUUCCUCAGCAGGGCGUCAGACCUUCUGCAAUUUCCUGUGAAGCAGGUGUACACAGUCAGUGGAAGGAAGGUAGACCCUCUGCAGGCGCUGCUGCGUAGCCCCUCUGUGCUGGUGUGUGCUGGGAAGGAGGCCUUCAGACCCCUGGCACUGGACAGCGCCCAGAAAAAUGAGACUGAAGCUGCAUCUGCCCUGACUUCACGCGCCAAGAGCGGUUCCUGGGGGCCCAAGCCUAGGCCAAGCGUGAUCCACUCCAGGGCCAGGUCAGGCAGCAGGGCCCCGAAGUCCUUGCUGUCAGCCAGGCCAGGGCUCAGCCAGGCCCCUGCGUCCCUGCCUGGUGCCUGGCCGGGGCCUUCCCCACCCGGCCCCUCGGGGAACACUGACAGCGUGAAGAAGGAGGUCUGCAUGAACAAGGAUGGCAGCCUGUCUGUGGAGAUGAGAGUCCGUCUCCACCUCCUGGGCAAGAACACCAUGCUGUGCUCCCAGAGGGUGGGGCGGGCUGGUGGGGAGGGCCAGGGCUUGAAGGAGGUGGACCCCGACUGCUGCCGAUGGAAGGCCCUCCCCAGGGACAGCCUGGAGUCUGGGGCCGGGCGAGCAGGUCUCUGCAAGGCAGGGUGCCAGCCAGCCUUUGAUGACAGCCGGCAGCCCCGGCCCAGCUUCGAGAUCUGGAGAAACCCCCUAUGCAUCCCCUGGGGCGAGAGGCCAGCUCUUGGGAGGAGGUCGGGUUGGGCCCAGGGCAGGAAGAGACUCCGCAAGGACUUCGGAAGCCCGGCCUCCAGUGCUGAGCACCCCGAAGGCUCUGAUCCAGACUCCUGCAGCCUCAGGACCCCGGACGGCAGUGACAGCCCAUGUCUGGCCUCUGAGGCUGCUUCACCGAGCAGGGCCAAGCGGGAAGCUGGGGGGGCCCAGUACCCGGAGGGAGUGCAGCCACCCUGCUGGGAGCAACAGGGCUACCAGGGACCCAGGACCCGAGGUGUAGAAGGGGCCUUUUCUGACUCUUCGGCCAGUGCCAAGUCUCGCGGUGAGUCUGGCAAGUGGGAAGGCCAGCAGUGGGGCUGCCUGGGUGGAGUGUGGACUGGGGUCUCCCGGAGGAAGGCCGCCCGUGGUGACAGCCCCUGUCCCUUGUCUCUGAACAUCAAGGACCUACAGACAGAGGAGCACGGACAAGGCACUGGGAGCCACGGGGUCGAGGCUGGGCCUGUGAUGACACGGGCCUUGGGUCUGGGGCAGUCUGGCUCCUGGGACAUGGAGGGAAUCUCCUUCCCGCUUUCUGCCUGUACCUCAGCCCGGCUGGGAAGGAGAAGGCAGCAGAGCCCAGGGAGCGCUGCAUCCUCGCCUGGCAUUCCCGACCCCUGCCAGGUGUUCCAGAGAGGCCAGCCCCGGCUGUGUCCCCAUUGCAGGGACCCCCACUGCCCUGUGGACUCCCCUGAAGCCCCAGCAGCACCAAGGCCUCCCAACAGAGGAAACACCUGCCCAGAGGGCCCAGUGCCACCAUCUGCCAAGUCACCCAGCACCAGCAGACAGCCCUCGGGGAACCUGAGCUCAACCUACCCCGGCUCCCCUGACCUGCAGGACCCAGCAGCAGCCAGCAGGGCUGCCAUCAGCCCCAUGAGUGGCUCAGACUGGGCUUCCGGUUCCUAUCACCCCAGGGCCUGCUCUGCAGAGCUGGCAGGGGACACUGAGGGCAGGCCGCGCUUCUCAGCACCCACACCUGCCCACACACAAGGGGCUGGACGCUUGGGGGAUGAGACAGGCAGCACCCCCAGCCCCUCCCCACCCUCGCUUCUGCCGGUUGGAUGGCUUGAGGGAGAGGAGCCAGGAGCUCAGCACAGCUGGUGCAGCUCAAAGAUGGGGAUGUGCCCUGUCCCGGGGACCCCUGAUGGUCACACUGAGGCCUGUUGGGCCUGCAGUGGCUACUGCCCUGCUCCCCCCGGGGGGCAGCCCUGCCCUGAGAGGCAUCCUUCCAGCAGCAGCAGCAGCAGCGUCAGCAGUGGCCACCAAAGUGCUGACGAUCGGGGGUCUCCUGGUGAGCCAGGGGAAGAAACACUCAAGGUGGGGCACAUGCCGUCCCCAAGCCCUAAACCAGGGGGCCCAGGGAGGGGACUUGGGGGAGCCGGAGGGAGCCUCAGUUCUGGUCCCAGGGCAGGCACCGAGGAGCCCCCGGAGGACGGCAGUGUGACACCCAGCACUCUGCCCCACACCUCUCUGGAUGCGGUGGUCCGAGAAUGGCUUGACAACAUCCUGGAGGAGCCCAUGCCCCUGAGAAACGAGAUGGUGGAUGAGUCCAUGCCUGCGACCCAUGGCAGCCCAGGAGGCGCUGGGGAGGACGCUGUUGACUCCAGACGGCAGCUCCCAGAAGGGGACCCUGCCGAGCACCCAAAGCCGGCCCAAGCCCUCCCAGGGACUGGUGAUGCGGACCCCAAAUUGGGAGAUGGUCUUCAUCAAGGCACAGGUCCGGGUGAAGUGCCAGAGACCGCAGCAAAGGCCGGAGUGGGUGGUGGGGUCCCCGUGGGCCUCAAGGCCACACUGCGUGCUCUUCCCAGCAGGGUCUCUGUCUCCACGCAGAUCAUGAGGGCGCUGAUGGGCUCCAAGCAGGGCCGGCCCAGCAGCCUGCCCGAGGUGUCGGGCCCUGCGGCCCAGAGGCUCAGCCAGUCAGAAAGACUCAUCACCUGCCUUGCCCGGCUUCGCUUCUUUGAUGAUGCUCUCAGGCUUCCGGCAGACAAAGGGAGUUUCGAAGACUCCCCUCAGUACCAGGAGCUGCAGAGCCUUGCCCAGGGCUUGUGGCCUGGUGACCUCGGACAAGGCCCGCUGGACUUGGACCUCGUGGAGCUCACUGCAUACCAGGGCCUGCUGGUCACCAAGGACUUCACGCCCACCUCCUCCUCCGGCGUGGACCUCAGCAGUGGCUCCGGGGGCUCGGGGGAGGGCAGCGUGCCCUGUGCCGUGGAUGCCACCCUGGUCCCUGAGCAGAUGGUGCAGCCCCUGCAGAUCUCCUCCCAGAGGUCCAAUUCCAGAAGCUCGGGGUGCCUGGAGCACAGGGCAAACCCCCAGCAGAGGUGUUCCAUGGCCUCCUCAGGCUCCUCUGGGCAGGAGGAAGCCGGGAACUGCAGCAGGGAGCAGACACUGGGCCCUUGUCUGGAGCAAUUGGACAAUAACCCGGAGCCAUUCAUUGAAAACACGACUCAGGGGUGGUUGGGGCAGGCAGAGGAAACAGCAGAAAGAGAAAGACCCCCGGCCGAAGGUGUCUAGGAGGAAGGGCUUCCAGAAAAGGCCAGAGUCCGCGGGCAGGAGGAAAACAUGGGGAGGGAUUCUGCCUCUGCAGUGCUGGGUCUCCUGGCAGAGCCCCCUGGUCAUCUCAGCGAGGGGGACUCACAGGCCAGCAAGAGUCAUGGCCCCCAGUCAGAGCCUGGUCUGGAAGCACUGCCCAGGGCAGCUGUGCUGUGCUGGGAGCAAGCCCAGGGCCAGUCCACCCUGGACACGGGGGCUCGCACUGUGUCUCUGGACCCGGACCCCCUCUGGGUGUCCAGGCUGCUGAAGAAGAUGGAGGAGGACUUCAUGGCUCACCUGGCUGGUGCCAUGGCUAAGCUCCGAGCCCGCUGGAGCCUGCAGGAGGACAGCCUGCUGGACCAGAUGGUGGCAGAGCUGCAGCAGGAGGUGGGCCAGAGGCUCCAAGACAGCACCGACAAGGAGCUCCGGAAGAUCCAGAGCUGGGCUGGAAGGAUGGCCCUCCGGGGACAGGCGUCCUUGCAGCCAGAGCAGUGCCGGUGCUGCCUCCAGGGCCUGCGCAACCUCUCAGCCUUCCCAGAGCAGAACCACAACUGGGGGCCCCCGUCCCGUACCCCAGAGGACAGGCCCAACCUCAGCGCAGCCCUGGGGACCGGGUCAGGGGCGGAUGCCGAGGGGGGCGGGUUCUGUCCCUGCCAGGCCUGUGUGAGGAGGAAGGUGACUCCGAGGCCCCCAAAGGACACCACAGGGGUUGCCAGUGCCCCGAUCACAGAAGCCUUCAACCUACAGCAAAUUCUGCAGCGGAAGAGAGGAGAGGCAGCAGAGGGGGCCCCCAAGAGGACAGGGACUGAGGGGUCUCGGGAGGAGCCCACUCUCCAGGGAGCCGACAGAGGGCAGGAGCUGGGCUGUGGCCUGGGCCCGGGGAGCCAGGGGCAAAGGAGUGACCCCAAAGUCGGGGGGCCAAGGGAGCGGCCGGCCAGGACAGGGAGGAAGAAGCCUCAGUGCGGGAUGGAGGAGCAAGCUCCCCGGGCAGGGUCUGCAGGGCCUGGGGGGAGGCCGGGGGCCUGGCGAAGGGCGAGACUGAGCAGGAAGGAGGCUCUCGCAGAGGCUCCGGGGAUGGGGAUGCCCCAGAGGCCGCGGGAGGACAGGGUGAUGGUGCCGAAGCCUCGGGACAGCCACAGCCUGAAGGAGGACGUGACAGCGCGAGAGAAGAAGGCCUUGGGGCGAGCACAGGACGGGGCCAGACGGGGGAGGCUUCCGGAAGCAGCGGCCUAGACCAGGAGGGGAGGCCUGCGGCACCCCUGGCCCAGGCUGGGGGUGCCCUCCACCAAAGGGCAGGGCGGACCCCCGACGGCCCCGGGCAGCUGCUCCCUGGUCUCUCUGAAGGGCUGGGAGAGCCCGUCAGGUGGAGGCCUGGGCUGCCCGGAAGCCCCACGGGCAGAGGGGAAGGCAGCCACCAUGCAUCCGGGCGACAGCUGCACCUCUGAGCAGGGAGGGCCCCCUUCACACCCAGGGACUCCAGGGCCAGAGGCAGGACGAGGCUGCUGCCACCAGGACAGGACCAGAAGGCAGCCAGAGGCUGUGCCUGCAACGCGGCAGGGGUCUGGACGGAUGGCUUCAGCCAAGAUGACUUAGAUUUCUAGACUUGGAGCAGCAAGAUGAUGGCCAGCGGUGGGAACGGCUUUCAAAUGUUUUCAAUAUUUUGUCUGCAAACUCAGCAAGCUUAGGCUGGUGGUGACUCUAGGGAACAAAGACAAACGUGGAGGACUUGCCAAGGUGUGGCCCAUGCCGUCCCCUCCCUGGGGACUGAAGUCUGAGGCUGGGAGAGGCUCAGGCCAACCAGACCCAGGGCACUUGGACCACAGGAGCGGGCCUGCUGGGCCUUGGGAGCCCGGAGGGUGGCUGGCUGGAGGCUUCCCAUGGGGCGCUGUGGGGCAGCUUUUUGCUAGUGAGUGUUGCUUGAGUCCUUUGCCCUAUCAAUCUGCUGUUGCUUUCCAUUUGUCUGCUCUUGGACUCACCUUGUUUGACUGUGAGGGGCUUUUUGCUAAUCUUGAAUCUAUUUGGCGACUCCACAGAUAAGGAUACUUGGGGAGAGCAGAUAAUUAAGGAUCAUUAGAUGAUGUUUGUUCUCAGCCCCAAACUCCAAGUGUUUUUCCUUAAUUCAUACAUAAUUUCUUUGUAGUGGGAAAAUGCAAAAUAAGUAAAUAAGUGAAAAAAUAAAUAAGUAAAGCAAGAAGAAGGGGAAGCGCUCACACAUAAUUCCACCUAUCGGUGACAGCUUCUGUUAGCAAACUGGCAUAUUUCCUCUGCACAGUUUUCUAAGCAUUCUGUAGUUGGGAUUAUUCUUUAUAUAACAUUUAUAUACAGCUUUUUAAAAAAGUUUAAAUACAUAACAGUUUCCCCCAUUUAUCUCAAAAGCUUCAUAAACCUAUUUUUUUUUGGACUGGAGAUUGAACUCAGGGCCUUCACACUGAGCUAUAUCUCCAGUCCGUAUUAUUUUUUAUUUUGAGACAGGGUCCUGCUAAGUUGCCCAUGCUGGGUUUGAACUUGUGAUCCUCUUGUCUCAGCUUCCUGAGUAGCUAGGAUUACAGGCGUGUUCUUUUGUGCCAGACUAUAAACCUAUCUUUUAAUACCUGAAGAAGGUUCCAUUUUGAGAAUUUAAAAACUUUACUUCACCAUUUCCCUAUUGACUAUUUACAUUUCUAUUAUUUUGCUCUUAUAAAUUUUUUCCUGAACUUUUGGUUAUUUCCUUGGGAUAGAUUCCCAAGAGGCAUGAAAUUAUUGGGUCCAAGAUCAAUGUUCUUAAGAUUUUUCAUAUACAUAAACCAAUUUUUUCCUCCUGAAAAUCAGUACUAAAUUACAUCACCUGGCUCACCACAUGCUUUUUGGUGUUUGGUAUUGUCAUUAAAAAUGAGAACUUGUUUGCUAAUUGUAUGGGCAAAAAUAGUACUUCAUUUUAAUGUGGUAGUAUUUUAGAUAUAUUUGAUUACUAAUGAAAUUUUGGAUACCGGGGAUCGAACUCGGGUCCUUCCUCUUGCAAAGCAGGCGCCGAAACCACUGAACUAAAUCCCCAGUGAUUACUAAUGAAAUUUAAUUUUUUGCCUAGGGUUUGAAAAAAGUCUUUGCAUAUAGAUUCUAAGUGUAUGCCUUUUACUCCCUUUUUCUACUGAGGUCUUAGCUUUCCUUUUUUGGUGCCAGGGAUCGAACUCAGGACCUUGCGCUUGUAAGGUGCACCACUGAGCUAAAUCCCUGGCCCCUGCGGUCUUAGCUUUAUGAUUUUUCAAAAAAUUGAUUUGCACGUGUCCUUUGUCAUUAAAAAAAUUCUAUGUAUCAUUUUUGAGAUUUAAAAAAUGCCCUGUGUCUACAAUGUUCCAGAGCAGGCCUCGACCGGGUCCGGCCUGGGUAGGGAGCUCAGGGAUGGGCAGAGUCUCUCUGCAUGGUCCUCACCCACUUCCUGUCUGACGGACGAUGCUGAUAUCCAGAUGGAUGAAAAGCCAAGUCUGCUGCAAGAGCAGGGAUUGGGUCCUGGUUGUUUAAAAGCAUUCACCUGGAGCAAACUGGCUGCAUGCUGUCUCUCAUGUCUGCAGCGAUCCCGCCACAGAUGGAACAGCUGUUCUUCAUAAAAUUGGAGACGUUUUUAAAUAGCUGCAGAGGUGAUGCUUUAAGGUUUGUACA